AUGCCAUAUGGUGGACAGUGUUAUGAAGAUGGACCAUUCUUCCCAACAACUCCCAGGCAUGUCAUACAAGUGGGCAUUGCAAGAAUCCCAAACCUUCUUCUGAAACCUGACUGGCCAGCUAUUAUUGGAUUAAUAACAGGGCUUCUCAUUUUCCUUAUUACCUGCCUGUUGCUGAUUAUUCUUUGUCAAGACUUGGGUUGGUUCAAAGAAGGAAAUACCUGCCCUCUAUUUCGAAGGCUGCAGCUGAAAUAUAAUCUUGACAAAUAUUCCUCCAAAGGAUCCACAGUGAUUUCAGUUAAAAAAUGUCAUCCCAGGCUGAAGAAUAAAGGCAGCUUGGAUAAAAACUAUGGAAACUCUGAUGAGCCAGAAGAAACGGGUGAAAUCUGGGAGUCUGAAGAACAGAUAAACCUGGAUUCAUUCAAUACCAAUGUCUUCUUUGAAAUUCUGCUCACACAGUCACUGUCAGUUACAGCCAAACUGAGCCAAUUUAAAGAAGAGCUGAAAAUCUUGUAUCACAAACUUAUGACCGAAAUAGCUUCACUCAGAGAGCUUUGGAUAAUGAGGCUGUGUAUCUCAGAGAAGGCAGAAUCUCAUGACAGCAUAAUGAUGGAGAACUAUAUGAAGGCAAAAUAUCAGGCAGAAGAGGAGAUGCUACACAGAAAGCAGCUGGCUGCUGAAUAUGAUGAGAUUGUGAAUAAACAACUUCACUUAUUACACCAUGAUUUGAAAUGCCAAGAAGAGCAUUGUGUCUUGUUCAAGUCUGCCCUGAGAGAGGCAGGGAGAUUGGUGGAAGUACUGACGGAGAAGAUGGCUUGUGGAGGGAACAGAGCCAUGUGGUCUAAACCAGACUACCAAUGGUUGUUAUCCCAGAUAGAUGCUGCAAGCAACAGAAUGUCAAGUGCAGUAAUAAAGGAGAGUCACAGACUCAAGGCAUGGGGUGUGCUGGGAGAUGGAACAGGAGCUCACCUCAUUAACAAAGAUAAAACCAGGCUCCUCACCAAGGAGGAGCUACUGGACUCGGAUGGCUGUGUGAGGGCACCUGACACCAUCUACAUGGAUCCUAUAACUGGACUCUUAACUCCCAACCCAGACUGUGUCACGCUGUUGGUCAAUCACUGCCCCAUGCCCGUGUCUAGGGAUCAGUUCCUACACCCUGAGACUGGAAAAGUGCUCCCCGUGGCUGGUAAUGUUGGAUAUGAUCCAGUCAGCUCUAAACUGAUCUCUGCUGUUGACUCUGCUUCAGGUGAGCUUUGUAAGUCUGAAGUACCCAUAUUCCCCUAUGUUCCGUAUCCUAUCUCUCCAAGGACUGGCUUACCAGUGAAGACUAAACUUCCUAGCUUACAACCUGACAGAGUGUUUAAACUGGGAGGACUCAUGCUAGAUCCAGCUACAGAAAUAGAAGUCCCAAUGCUAGGAGUUACAAUCCAUCCCCAAACAGGACAAAAACUGUCUUUGGGUGGGACGUACAUGAAUCCCCUUACAGGAACAGUGACGCCUCUUGAAAUUGGAGGACCUAUGAUUGAACCAGAGGGAGGAAAGAUUGUCCCAAUACUUGGAGUCAGUUUGGAUAAUAACACAGGAGAUUUGGUCCCAGUUGGGGGGCUGAUGGGACCCUCGGGAAGCCUAUUGCUUCUUGGAGAUUCCUUCUCUGAACCUCUGAGUAGGAAGACUGCUCGGAUACAUGGAGCUUGCCUUAAACAAGAUAAAGUGCUGCCCCAUGCAGGAGGGUACCAGGCGCUGUUGGAAGCUAACACUCUUGUCACCCAGAUCCAUGUGAUUAAAGCCCUGAGGCAGUAUAAAGAUUCAAUUUGUGAAGAUAUGGCCUUAGCAGCAGACAAGCAGGAAGUCUUCAAGGCUGCAGUAGAAGACAUGAAAAAGUCAUUGUCAAUUAGGCUCCAUCAUGCAAUUCAUCGGCUGCGAAGUUUGGAGAAACAACACGAAAUAGCUUCAAGCCUCAAAAGUAAUGGUGGUAAACUGGGUCUUGUCCCUAUCACAGUUGGUGUCAGAACCAUAGAUCCUAUUACAGGUGAAAUUGGCCCAGUCAUAGGCGCUCAAACUGAUCCUUGGACAAACAUUGUAAUUCCUAUUGUUCAGUCCCUAGGAGCUUUACCAAGAGGAGCAGCAGACCCAGAUCUGCUGAGCAUUCUGGAAAAGGAGAUAAAUUCAAGACAAAUGUACUGGCACCGCCAAAGAGAAAGGGAAGAAGAGCUUCUUAAAGAGCUAAACUUUGUAUUUCUUGAUGUCCUUGAUGCUGUAAAGGAAGGAAAGGCACAGAAGAUAAGGUACAAGGAUAAAUUAAAAGACAUAGAGGAAACCUGUCACUUCCUUGAGGAAUCCUCUCUUCAGGAAGGUCAAAGAAGAACUGCCAGGGAUCUGAGCAGCCUACUGGGCUCUGAACUAUCUUUGUUAUCUAAAGCUGAAAGAGAUGAAAAAGAGCAAGAAGUACGAGUUAUAUUGAUGAUCAGGAAAGCGCUGGAAAAAAUGGUUCAAUUUAUUCAAAAGAUGCAGCUCGAGGAAGGCCGAUUACAAAGGCAGAUGAAGGAGAAAGCAUGGCAAAGUAGCAAGAACUUUAACACAGAGACAGUACCCAGAUUCAAGCCCAGAAAGGUCAUACUACAUCAUGUUGCUGAAUUUCAGGAACAUAUAAUGAAACAACAGGUCAGUGUGGAGUCUGCAUACAGCAGACUGGAAUAUCUCAGGGACUUGUUGGACAUCCAGGCUCUGCAGGCAAAGGCUCUUCUCUUUGGGACAUCACAAUGCUUUGAAAACUACCAAGGGACCAGAUUUUAUGGUAUUGCUGGUGUUCCCCACAGCACAUGGGCAGUCAUCCAUCAAAAACUGAUUCCAUUGUUGAAGUCUCUGGUUCAGACAUUGGAGGAAAACACAAGGAGUGACAGGUCACUUGAGACACUAAUUCUUCAAUCAGGUUUUUUUUUAGAAAAGCACGCCAGUGAAUUGGUGCAUUUAGAGCUGUCCUUAAUGACGGAAGAAAUAAACAUGAUCUGCUACUUUUAUGAAUCAGCCAAAACUAAGGAAAAGGAAGAAUGUAAAGAAAAUUGGUUUCAGGGGAUGAAGAGCCAUAAAGAAAUGGAUGUAGCCAGUGACUGGGAUAUAUUUCUGAAGGAGUUAGCUGAAUGCCACCAGCGUGCUGAACAAGCUCUCUAUCAGAAGCAUUGGGAAGAAAUCAAGCAAUCAGGGCUCAGCCGGGAUCUAGUAACACCCAAAGACCACUUACAUUCUCUAGAUGAAAUUCUACAUCAUUUAUCACUGCUUGGUGCUGAUUUGCAAAUGACAGAUUCCCACAUCAGAUAUGAUGUCACUAAAAAACAAGAUGAAACACAGUCUUUGGAAGCAGAGCUAGCUCCAGACACAGCAACUCAAAUAUUACAAGCUUCAGCAGUCAAAAUAGUCAAGUUAGAAGUUAUGAAACAAGUGUGUCUCUAUAGAAUAUUGGAUCUUUAUAAUGAACUCCAGAGGCAGACGUGUCCAGAACGUGUGUUAAGGAUUCUGAACACUUUACACUACAGAGCUACUGGAGAAACUAUGGCCCAAGAGGUGGCCCAGAUUACUGAGGAGCAGCAAGUGGAGAGAGCUGUGGCUUUUCUCCAGAAAUACGACAAAGAAGGGGACUUACUUAUUGGUUUGAAGGAAGAGUCAGAGACUGAACUGAGGAAUAUGCAGACACAGUUCAGAAUGGAGCUUCAAACCCAAACAGAAGAAAAGGUGCAAGCCAAGGAAAUGCAAGUGAUUCAGGAGGCUGAAAGACAAGCGUUACCAAAUCACAUUGAGCAUGUGGCAUAUUUUAUCCUAUCUCAGAGACACUUGCGGCAAACAGUAAUAGUGCUGCAAGACAGCUACAGAUUCCAAAAGGCAGACUUGUGGACACAGACUGAAGAAAGAAACCUGUGCGAGCUUGUCAUAGAUGGGGAUGAUGGUAUGAUGGGCAUCUUACAUCUAUUGAAAGAUAACAUGGAGUACAGGCUUUCAGGGCUGGAGCUGAAACAAGCUGCCAGAUUAUUACAACUCAGAGAGAAACAGUUUUUGGAAAUAACCAAAUGCCUGAAAGACUACUCUUUGGACAAGCCUGUGGAUGAAGCUGGCUUCACAGCCAACGAUCUACAGGAAUUCAGAAAGCAGAAAAUAAGGGGACUGAAAGAACAGCUCAAAAUCUUCAUAGGUGAUAAAAGAACUAAGAGGAAUAUUUCAAGCAAUCCUGAUCCGCUACAGAAAAUGAUGAACCAACACAAUGAAACUGUGGCCUUCCUGCAAAAGGCUUUUCACCAAGACCUGGAGAAACUGAGAAGGAGGCUAGAGCCAGCAGAGAAGAAAAAAGAGAAACCACAAGAAAACAGUCGUGUGUCAUCUGCAGCUGCAUCCUCAUCAGCCAAAGAGAAACCCAGCCAGGCAGAAGACAAGGUUCUAUCUCUCUUGGCAGAGAAUGUCAAGAUACUGAAGCAAACUGAACAAUUGUUGGUAUCAAGGAUUAUUCUCCUGAAUCCUCAGUUCAGGUCACCUCUUCUGUGUGAUGAUGAUAAAGCCAAAUAUAUGAAAUCUUCUCCACUUCUCACUCUUCUGAAAGAUGUGAAUGACCAGCUCCAAGCUCAUGCGAUGGCAGUUGGGCUUCUGGAAAGCCAUCUGCAGGAAAAAGACACAGGAAGUCCUUUUCAGGAUAUAUUGGAUGCUUUGAUGACUCAUAAAGGUGAACUAAUACCAGUUCAUCCUCCAACACUUUCUGCAAGGGAGUUUGUAAUAUACCAAUAUGGCAUCUCCAUUCUUCAGUUUCUCAGGCCUCAUAUCAAUGCUCCAGAAAUUAACCUGUGUGUUGCCUCCAGCAUACCUCUCAGUAACACCACAGGCAAUGCCUUCCAAAACUCUUUCUUUUAUCAGAUUUCAGAGAAAAAAUUAUUCAUUUUAAGAGAGUAUCUGGGUUGUGUGGGCAGCUUCAUUCUGCUGCUGGUGCACUGUCUGGCUCACAUCACUGCUGCUGACCUCAGCCAUGACUCUAGCCCCACCUUUCAGAGACUGUUUUAUCAGGCACUAAAGGCCUGUCUCAGUGAAAUGUUCUUCCUUAGACUCCGGAUGUCAGCAGUUCUCCAGGACAAUAAAUCCUCUGUGAAGAUAAGUGAGAUCCUGUUGAAGGGAGAACCAUUCUCUGAGGAGAAAUUAAAUCUCAUCUCUCAGCUUUUAGAUGCAAAAGUAAAAUCCACUAGAGAGAUAGACGUAUCUGAGGAGAGGAAUAGGAACCUCUUACUCCAUACAAAUCUUGAGGACCUGCUGAAGAAUAAACUAUCUGUAAAGAAGAAAGAGUGUUUUACCCACACCUCAGCUGGCAGGAAAGAGAACAGCUUUGGUGCGAGGACAAGGCCAGAAGAGGAAAGCUGCUCUUACUUCAGCCUUUCGGAAAUGGAAGAUCAGUUGGAUACAUUAACUGAGGAGCUGGUGAAAGUCAUAGAGGAAGAACAUUUUUUAAUGUAUGCAGCCAGUGAAGAUUUGCUCUUUGGUUUGAAGAAAGACUGUUUGCUAAAGCAAAUCGAAAUAUUAGAAGGGAAAAUAGUAAAAGGCAGAGAAGUGUUUAAUUAAUAUUAAUAACAGCAAAGAAAAAAAUUAGUGACUUUCUUCCAGUUUGGGUGUCUACGCUUACCUUCAGACUUUACACACACACACACACACACACACACACACACACAAAGUUGAUUCCAAGACAGGUGCAUUCUUUUUCCAACUCACUCAUUAAAUCUGAUUUUAAAGCAUUUAUGGUAACUUAAAAACUGAUAGGGCCUAAGGCUAGUCGACUCCCUGAUUUCUUCUGAAAUAUCCCUUAUCACUAAUAAGCAGUCAAGAUAUUUUGAUUAUUGUCAUUGCACAAGCACAUGAAAUCUCAGUUAACUGUCAACUUGCAAAGGAAUGCAGGUGGUAUUUUAGAAAUAAACUCCCAUCUGAUCUGUU